AUGACGGAAAAUUCGCGACGGGGUCGAUUUUUUGGCGGUGGUGGCGGCAAGAAAAAUGUGUCAAAUUUGAGCGAUUUUUUGAGUCCUGAAGAGGUAAUUUUCGCGCCAAAAAUAUAUUUCAAAAAUCAAUCAAUAAUUAUUUCUUCCAGGGUAAUCGAGUUGGACUUCCGCCAAAUAUAUUCGCCUUCGAUAGCGAUCCAACAGCACGGACUUUUAUUUUUGGGACCAUUGAUAAUGAAGUGAUUCUAUAUAAAUCGCCGGGAACUUCGAUUGCCAUCAAAUUGGACGAUGUUUUGAUAAUGGAUGUCAGAUUUUUGGGAGAGGAUACGAUUUUUGUGCUUUGUGAAGAGGGAAUUGUUAUCAAGUUGGAAGUUUGUGGUGAGAAUUUUGGGAAUUUUCUGAUAGAACUUUUUACGCUGAUCAAAAUGCUGUGAAAAUCAGCUUCUGAGCUCUGCCUGGAGGCGAGAAGGCUUCAAGAAGAUUUAAAAGACUUCGGAAUUCUUCAGAAGGCUUCAAGAAGCUUCAGAAGACUUUGGAAGCUCUAUUUGAGCCUAGAAAAUGAGCCCUAAAAAUUGGUGAUCAGAUGGUGUAUUUGGUAAGUGCCCAGAUUCCGAAUUAGAAGGUCGCGGGUUCGAGCCCACCUAGUGACUAGGGGGCUAUGUUUGAAAUCGAAAAAAAUAGUCGCCAGGGGUACUCGAACCCGCGACCUCUUAAUUGGCGAUCUAGAGACUUACCAGCUACACCACCAAUUUUCAGGGCUCAUUUUCUUGGCUCAAAUAGGGCUUCUGAAGGCUUCUGAAGCUCUCUGAAGUCUUCUGGAGAAUCCUGAAGUCCUUUGAAGCUUCCUGAAGCCUUCUGAUGCUUUCUGAAGCUUUCUGAAGCCUUCUGAAGCCUCCAGAAGCAUUCCGAAGACUUCUGGAGCUUCCUGAAGCUUCUUGAAGCCUUCUGAAGUCUUCAAAAACCUUCUGAAGCCUUGAAAUGCUUUCUGAAGCUUUCUGGAGCAUUCUGAAGCGUCUUUCACCUUUCUGAAGCCUCCAAAAACCUUCCAAAGCCUUCUGGAGCUUUCUGAAGUCCUCUGAAGCCUUCUGAAAAUUUCUGAAACUUCUUGAAGCAUUCCAAAGACUUCUGAAGCUUCUGAAGCGUUCUGAAGCUUUCUGAAGUGUUCUGGAGCCUCCUGAAGCUUCUUGAAGCCUUCUUGAAGCUUUCUAAAGCCUUCUGAACCUUCCUGAAGCCUCCUGAACCUUUCUGAAUCUCUCUUCAGCUUGUUUGAAAUAAAAAAAAUAGUCACCAGGGGGAAUCGAACCCGUGACCGCUCAAUUGGCAAUCUAGACACUUACCAGCUACACCAUCUGAUUUUCUUUUUUCUCGGCUCUCCCUGGUGCUUCUCAGCAUUUUGAACAGCGUAUAGAGUUCUAUGAGAGUGGAUUUUGAAAAAAAAAAUAGGAUUCUGAAUCGAACUCGGACAGAAAUAUAUUUUUUUGGCGCCAAAAAUCAAAUGAGCUCCUCUUCAACCCACCAAAAUCCAAAUUUUUCCAGAAAAUGCACUAAAAAACGUUGGAACCUGCACAAUUCCCCUCGAAAACGGAACACUAAUCGAUUGGCGCGUUUCCGAUGUUCAAACCCUGCGAGACAAUACAUUUUUAUACACUGCCGUCAAAAAUGAGAUCUUCCGAAUAUCCAAAUCCAACCUGGCAAUCAAAGUAUUCGUCACAAAAGAUGAUUGGAAUCGCGCUUUUCAAUUUCUCGACGAAUCAAUCGAUAAAUCGUGUCGAUGCAUUUUGACAAGUGCCAAAAAUCCCGAAAAUAUGCUGCUUGUUGGACCAGAUGGUUAUGUUGUUAGAUGUCAUGAUGGAAAGUUAGAGGAAGUUGUCAGAAUGCAAAAUGGUGAUGGGUCGAACAUAAGGCAACUUGUUUGGGAUUCUGAUUUGUUAUCGAUUUAUGGAAUUGCGGAAAAUCAUAAAUUUACCAAGUGGAAUGUUCAAUUUCCACAUUGGCAUUCGAGAUUUGAUAUCAAGGAGAUGGAGGGUUUUGCGGCGGAUUUUAAAGAGCCUUUUCCGACGGAUACCAUGUUUCAUUUGACUGUUUUGAAGGAUGUGGAGUGAGUUGUGGGAAGUCUUGAAUCUAAAAAUGAAUUGGGGUUUCUUCAGAAAGCUUUGGAAGCCUUUAGAGAGCUUCAGGAGGCUUCGAGAGGUUUCUGAAGCCUUCUAUAAGUUUCAGAAGGCUUUCAGAUAUUCUAGAAAGCUUCAGAGAGCUUCAGAAGGUUUUAAAAGGCUUCAGAAGCCUAGAGAGAGCUUCAGAAGGCCUUUGAAGACUCUAGAAGGCUUCAAAAGGCUUCUGGAGCCUUGAAAAAGAUUCAGAAGGCUUCCAGAUAUUCUAGAAGGCUUUGAGAGGCUUCAGGAGCCUUUAGAGAGCUUCAGAAGGCUUCGAGAGGUUUCCGAAGUCUUCAAAAGGCUUCAGAAGGCUUUCAGAUAUUCUAGAAGGCUUCUGGAGCCUUGAAAAAGAUUCAGAAGGCUCUCGGAUAUUCUGGAAGGUUUUAUGAAGCUUCAGGAGCCUUUAGAGAGCUUCAGAAGGCUUCGAGAGGUUUCCGAAGUCUUCAAAAGGCUUCAGAAGGCUUUCAGAUAUUCUAGAAGACUUUAAGAUUUUCUAGAAGGCUUUAAAAAAGCUUCAGAAGGCUUUCAGAUAUUCUGGAAGACUCUAAAAGACUUCUGGAGCCUUCAGAGAGGUUCAGAAGGCUUUUGGAGACCUUAUAGGGCUUUAGGUACCUUUUGAUUCCUUAAAUCAAUUAUUUUCUGAAUUGUUCGCUCUCUAAAAAGGUUCCAGAUGGAAUUUUGCUGAAAUUCAGAAUUUCAAGUUCCGAUCCAUCAGGGAUUUUUUGAGAUUCGAAAAAGGCUCAUUUCUGAAAUUUCCAAGAAAAAAUUCAAGAUUUUCAUACAAUUUUGAGAUCCAAAAAAAUCUGAAAAUCGAAUUUUGUUUGAUUCAGAAUCGAUUUUCUCAAAAUUUAAAAAUUGUGAAACCUCGUGAAGCCUUCUGGAACUCCUUGAAGUCCUAUAAAGCUCUCUGAAAGUUCCUGAAACCUCCUAAAGCCUCUAUUGGCCUUCUGAAAUUUCCAGAAGCUCUCUGAAGCCUUCUGAAUUUUCUUGAAGUCUUCUGAAGCCUCCCAAAACCUCCUGAAGCCCACAAAAUCUUCAAAAUUUCAGGAACAACGACGAUUUCAUCGCCUAUCACGGUGGAAAAAGUGAGCACAGCUCAGACGAACUAAACACCAUCACAAUUCGCCAAGGAAAUCGAGUCGCCAAAUUUGAACACGCUGGAGCAAUCGUAGCAAUUCGAGCUUUUGAUGAUAUUCCAUCCGAUCCAAAACUCACCAAAAAACAAGGCAUUUUUGUAGUUGUCACAAGUAAUGAAGUGAUUUCGAUCGAUAUGAACACGUGGAAAAUUAUGAGGCCAAUGUAUUUUUAUAAUGUGAAUAAUACCGAAUUGACUUGCCAAUUUCGAGCGUUGGAUGUUGAUGAAAAUACGUGGAUGAGAUUGUUGGAGGUAUUUUUUGAUUGGGAUUUUUUUCUGAAGAUUUUUAAAGUCUUCUGAAACUUUCAAAAACUUUCUGAAGCUUUCAAAAGCCUUCUGAAGUCUUCUGAAGCUUCCGGAUGCUUUCUGAAGCCUUCUGAAGGUUUCAGAAGAUUCCGGGAGCCUUCUGAAGACUUCCGAAGCUUUACGAUGACUUCUGAAGCCUUCAGGAAUCUUCUGAAGCUUCCCAGUAGAUUUUUUAAAACCAGAUAUUCGCUCAAAAAAUGUUUUAUGAUCAGAAUGAAUCUUGAAAAAGCUCCAGAAGCUCCUGUAUUUAAAAAUUAUUUUUUUUUUCUGGAUUCUAAUAUAUGUGAAUAUUUUUGACUUACAGUAAGUUGAAUUAUUCAGUGAGGAUUUUCAAAAAAUCAAUAAAUUCACAGAGAUUUUAAUUGAACUCUGAGAAUUUCAAGAAGAAAAUUGAAAUCUAAAAAAAAUUAAAAACUAAAUCCAAAAAAAAUUUAAAAAAAAACAAAAAACAAUUUUGAAAAAAAACAUUUAAAUUAAAUUGAAUCUCUGAAAUUUUCUGGAAUUUUGAAAAUAUUCAAGUUCAUUUAAAAUCUCCAACUUACAGUAAGUUGAAUUAUUCAGAAAUUGAAAAACCGAAAAUUGUUCAAAGAAUCUGAAAAUUUCGAGAAGAAAAUUGAAAUUUCUGGAAUUUUGAAAAUAUUAAAAAUCAUUUAAAAUCUUCAGCUUUUCCUUAAAAAUCAAUAAUUACACUUCGGAAAAACCUACACAAAAUCUCAGGCUGAAAAUAGGUUCUGAAAAUCCCUCGCUGUUUUCCAGGCCGGCAAAAACCACUGGACAAAUCUCGGCUACUCACUUCGCCCAUUUCCAUUCCUCAACACCUCAACAACUUUUCCAAACGAGGCAAAUCCCGAACAUUCGGCAUAUCGACAAGUUCAUCUAACUGGACACAGUUCUGGAAAUAUUUGCAUUUAUGCUUCUGGUGGAAUUCAUAUGUAUUGUAUUUUGGUUAUACCAACUUCGGCUGAGUUUUUGGGUGAUAUUGAGUUGAAUGUGAGUUUUUUUCAGAAGCCUAGAGAGCUUGGGAAGCCUAUGUGACCUUUUGAUUCCUUCUGAAGGCUUCUGGAGCCCUCUGAAGCCUUCUGAAGCCUUCUGAAGCUUCCCAAAAUAUUCUGGAGCUUUCUGGAGCCUCCUGAAGCCUUCUAAAGGCUUCUGAAUCUUAAGAUACAUGAAUCAAGCUGAAAAAUUGAAAAAUUCCAUGUUUUGAUCCAGAUUUUCAGAAAAAAAAACACUUGAAAGUUUUUUUCUAGAACAAAAAUAAAUUAUUUUGAAAAUUCAGAGAAAUUCAAAUUCAGAAUCUCUAGGAAAAAAGUCCAGUCAGAAUAGAGUGUAGAAAAAAUCGAUAUUUGAAUUCUGAAAUUUAUUCUGAAGCUUCCUGAAUCUUCAUGGAAUUUUCCGAAACUUUCAGAAGCCUCCUGAACUCUUCUGAAACCUUCUGAAACUUCUCAAAGUCUUCUGAAGCUUCCUAGAGCCUUCUGAAGCCCAGUAAAGCCUUCUGGAGCUUUCUGAAUCUUUCUGAAUUUUCCGGAAGCCUUCUGGAGCCUUCUAAAACCUUCUAAUUUUUCUUGAAGUUUCCUGAAUCCUCCUGAGGUCUUCUGAAGCCCAGUAAAGCCUUCUGAAGCCCAGUAAAUCUUUCUGGAGCGUCCUGAAGCUUUUGGAAUAUUCCUAAAGCCUUCUGAAACCUUCUGAAUUUUUCUGAAGCCUUCUGAAGUUCUCUGAAUUUUCCUGAAUCCUUCUGAAGUCUUCUGGAUCCUUCUGGAGCCUCCUGAAGCUUCCUGAAACCUUCUGAAUUUUCCUGAAGGCUUCUGAAGUCUUCUGAAGCUUCAUGCAUCCUCCUGAAGCCUUCUGAAGCCAUCAAUCAAUAAUUUUUGCAGAGAGGCGAUUUGGCAUUCUCAAACGAUCCCAACAAAUCGCUCGAACAAGUCGCUGUUCAAAAAGUCGGCGAUUUUGACAAUUAUUCAGAUGAGAAAAGCUUCACCAUCACCCAUUUAUACUUCGACGCCAAAAAGGGUACAGUAAUCGCUGCAAACGACGGUGGAUUCAUUUUAUCAUAUGAUAUUUGUGAUGUUGAAUCGACGAUGAAAGAUGUGAACCCGGUGAAAAUUUCGAUCACAAAACCAUCGAUGCAAAAUACGAAUACGCUGAUUCCGAGGAAUAUGACACGAAUUGUUCAGGCUGGUUAUCAACCGACGCAUAGGAAUUUUGAUGCGUGAGUUUUUCUUUGAGACCACCCACGAAGCAUUACCUCCAAUUUUCCAGAACCUUCUUCCAACUCUGCCCAAAUGUCCCCGUCACAGCUCUCAACUUCAACUCCAAAUACAAUUGCAUCUCAAUCGGAACCGAUAGCGGAUUCUUUUUCGUCGACCUGAAACAUGCAAAAAUUGUCAAAAAAGUUGAUUUGCAUAUUGAUGAAGGAGCGAGUGAAGUUGCGACAUCUUCGAGAUCACGACUGAAAUCGCUGAAAGAAUCGGUGCGACAAACGUUUCGCAGGAAGAAGACUUUCGGAAAGUCGCGACGCGGUUCAAGUCAGUCGAGAAGUCGCAGGUGGAGAAAUAGUUUUAGCAAAAGAUUGGCGAAUUUGGUGAGUGUUAGAAGAUCUAGAAAAAUUUCUGAAUUUUUUUUCAAAUUUCUUUGAAAAAAUUCCAGAGAGCCCUGGAGAAGUUUUUUCUCUGAAAUUUUCUAGAAAUUUUCAGAAACUGAAAAAAAUUGUCAAAAAAUCCUGGAUUAAUUUUUUGGAAAUUUCAAAAAUCUACGGAAAAAUUUAGGCGGAAUUUCAGAAUUUAAGAUUUUUUGGAGAAUCUGAAGUGAGUUCAAAAAUCAAUUUUUUCAAUAAAAAAAAUUUCGAGUUGGCCUAGUUCAUUGUUAAUUUUGAUUCAUGAAAAAAACAUGACCAAUUUUAAGAUUUUAGGAUUUUCAGAAGCUGAUUUCAGAACUGAAAAAUGUCUUGUAAGGCUUCAGAAAAUUUUAAGAGGCUUCAGAAGUCUUCAGAAUUCCCAAGAAGGCUUCAAAAGGUCACGAAAAGCUUCAGAAGUUUUCAGAAGGAUUCAGAAGGUUCUAGAAGGCUUCAGAAUACUUCAGAAGGCUUCAGAAGGCUUGUGAGAAUUCCAGAAGUCUUCACAAGGCUUCAGGGGACUUUAGAACUAUUCAGAAAGCUUCAGAAGGCUUCAGCAGACUUCAGAAGACUUCAGAAGGCGAAAAAAUCAUGACCAAUUUUUCAAUUUCAAGAUUUUAAGAAAAUUUUUAAUUGCAAUCUUAAGACAAUUUUUGAUUUUAAUUUUAAGACAAUUUUUAAUUUCAAUUUUAAGACAAUUUUUAAGUUCAAUUUUAACACAUAUUUUAAGUGGAUUUUAAAAGCUAAUUUCAGAACUGAAAUUUUUCCAAAGCUUCAGAAAUCUUCAGAAGACUUUAUAAAGCUUCAGAAAGCUUCAGAAGACUUUAGAAGGUCACUAGAGGUUUCAGAAGGCUUUUGAGAGAUCCAGAAGACUUCUGCAGACUUCAAAAAGCUUCAGAAGGCUUGAGAAAAUUGCAAAAGGCUUUAGAAAGCUUUAGAAAGAUUCAGAAAGCUCCAGAAUGCUUCAGAAGGCGUCAGAAGGCUUCAGAAGGCUUUCGGAGGUUUCUGAAGGCUUCAGAAGGCUUCAGAAAGCUUCAGAAGACCUAAGAAGAUUUUUCCAGAAUCACACAGCUCCAACUCUUCCAACCGAGCACCGAGACGAUUCAGCCGUCGGAAUGAAGCUCAACAAAACUCAAGUCGAAAGUUAUGGCGAACGACAAAUCGAAGCCCGCGUCGAACUCGCUCACUCGAUCCCAAUUUGGCUUGUCACCUGUAUUCAAUCCUUGCGCUUCCCGCUCAACAACAAAUCCGCCGUCGAUGAUAUAAUUGCUGUUGGAACGAGUGGCGGAAAGAUCCAAUUUUUCAAAAUUUAUGAGGAUCACAUCGAAGAUUAUAUUAGUUUUGGGUUGACGAAGGUUCAUGAAUUGCGAUUGUCUCAACCGCAAACUGUUUUGACUGUUGGAUUGAGUUGUGAUGAAGGAUAUGUGAGUUUUAUUGAUUUUUGAUCUUCAAAAAAAUUAUCGAUUUUUUCUAGUUCUCCGCCUCAUCUACAAGAUUGAUUAUUAUCACUGAUCUUCAAACGCGACUUCAUUCAUUACCCGGAUUUGCGAAAGUUGCGAAAUAUCGAUUGACUGCGAUGGAAGGUUUGAAGAUUUGUAAAGGAGUUGUUGGCAAAUUGAGAUCGAGUAAAGGUGAGGAUUUGGGAUUAUUUUGGGAAUCUUGAAAUUGAGCUGGAAUUUUAGCCAUAGAGUUGAUUUUCAGUGAAAACCUAGCUAAAUUUUCAGUCAAAAACACGCUGGAUUUUCAGCUAGAAAAUUAGCUAGAUUUCCAGGUUUGAAUGAGCUGGAUUUCCACCCAAAAAUAUUCUAGAUUUUCAGUCAAAUAAUAUAGAUUCUAAGGUUCAAAAUGAGCUAGAUUUUCAGCCAAAUUUAAGUUAAAUUUUCAGGUUGAAAAUGGGCAAGAUUUUCAGACUAGAAAUCAGCUAGAUUUUCAGCUAGAAACACUAGAUUUUUCAGCCAAGAGCUAGCUAGAUUUUCAGAAUAAAAACAGGCUGGAUUUCCAGUCAAAACCUAGCUAGAUUUUUCAGCCAAAUUUUAGCUAAAUUUUCAGCUAGAAAUUGAGCUAGAAUUCCAGAUUAAAAAAAGCUAGAUUUUCAGUCGAAUAUUCUACAUUUACAGUAAACAAGUUGCUAGAAUUCCAGAUAAAAAAAGCUAGAUUUCCAGCCAAAAAUAUUUUAGAUUUUCAGCCAGAAAUUGAGCUAGAUUUUCAGUCAAACAUUCUAGAUUUUCAGGUUGAAAAUGAGCUAGAUUUUCAGCCAAACAGUAGCCGCUUUAUGAGAUUUUUCCAGUGUUGUUUCUAGACAAAAAGUCUGUCGAAUUAAAACCUAAAAAUUGAGCUGAAAUUUCAGCCAGCAAGUCGAUUUUCAGCUAGAAAAUAAUCUAGAUUUCCAGCAAAACCUAGCUAGAUUCUCAGCUAGAAAUUGAGCUAGAUUUCUAGUGAAAAAAGCUAGAUUUUCAGUCAAAAACAGGCUGGAUUUCCAGUCAAAACCUAGCAAGAUUUUCAACUAGAAGUUAGCUAGAUUUUCAGCCAAAUUUAAGCUAGAUUUUCAGCUAGAAAUUAGCUAGAUUUUCAGCCAAAAUAUUCAUCUAAAAAUCUCCAAUUUUCCAGAUUCAACCGCCACCCAACUCUUCCUGAUUCUCCUCACCAACAACGGCAAACUUCGAAUCCAAUCUCUACCCAAUCUACAAGAUCAAUCCAGCAUCAAAUUUCUGCGAGACGAGGAUCGUCUCGCAAUGAAAUCGUGUAUUCUAACUCCCGAUGGACAUGCCACACACAUUGUACAGUAUACCGAAUUCCAUCGAUUGAUCAUUCAAAAAUCACACUUUCCGUGGUCGAAUCUGUAA